CCAAGUUCGCCCUUCUUAUUUUUACCGGGAAUGACAUGUCAGCAUUUAUAAAGACUUGAAAUAAGUUUUGUGUGACGAAAAGUGUACUGAAUAGCCUAGAUGGUCACUAUCAAUAUGGCUACUAGAACCAGAAAGCGGCGCUGGCAAUCUUCACCUGACAGGAAAACUGCAAGAGCCAGCUUAAAUUUUUCUCAGCUUGAAAACACCCCUCCAAGAAAGCGACGAGCAGUACUUGUUGAUGACUCUUCUUCAGUCACUGAUGAUAUGUCGGACACUGAGUCUAGUAUUCCAGCAGAGGAGUCCUUUACCACCAAAUCUUUCUAUGGUGGCAGACAGAAGAAGAAUUUCCCCCAUUCACCAGGCAGGAGGAAGGCAGCCCAGAAAGUUAGAUCAAAACUGUCCGAAGAUAAAUCUGCCUCUGAAGAAGAUGUAUUGACCUUUAAGUCGAGCAAUGAGGACAGUAGUCCCCAGUCUGAUAUUUCUAUGGCAGUGCUGAGGACCAGGAAGACACCUAAUUCCACUGGGAAAAUCUUAAAGAAAACUUUAACAAAAGAUAAAAAUGUGAAAGCCCUUACAGUGAAAGAAAUGUCGGAGAAGUCUGCUACACCAGAAAAUGGCAGGAAAUUUUUCAAGCACAAAAGCCCAGCUUCUGCUAGCAAGGUAAUUGGCAGCAGUGUCAUCAUACGCAAAGGCUUCAAUUUAAAAUUUGUUCCUUCAAGGAAUUCAAAAAGUGCUGGACUGAUUGGAAAGAAAAAAGCAAAGAAACCAGGAAAGGUUUCUAAAUCAAGCAAACCCCAUGAAGUAAAAUCUGGUGAAAGGAACGUGUCUGAAACUUUGAUAAACACAGAGACAUCGACAACAGAUUCCGCUUGUCACAGCACCAUGUCUGAUGUGUCGGCCUCGGAACAAGAAUCACAAAAGACAAUUGCCCAGCCCGAGGAGGUUGGGGCUUCCGAAGAUCUGUUUCCAGAUGGCUCGGAGGUUACAGAAGACAGCAGUCCUGCUUUGGACUGUUCCUCGUUAGCUAGCAGUAUGACUGACCUCACAUCUGUAGAAUCUGGUCCGACAUUACGCAAUAGAGGAAAGAAUCCAGUUACUGGAAAGACACUUUUUCCUAUUUUUACUUCCUCUAAAAAUUCACCAAAGUCAUCGCCAGUGCUAAUUCAGAGGAACUCCCACAUGCGGCCCUCACCGAGAAUGUCUCCACGGCGGCGGUUACGCCCUGAUAAGGACUCGCAGGAGCAGAUGAUACUGGAUGCUGGCCAGAAGAAAUUUGGUGCGAUCCAGUGUGAUGUAUGCAGCAUGGUAUAUACUCCAGAGGACCCCACAGACGAUACCACUCACAGCAAAUUCCAUCAGAGUCUUCUUACAGCACUCCGAUUCCCUGGAUGGAAAAAGGAGCGUGUGGUACAAGAAUACCCGGAUCUAGGAAGUCGGAUCAUCAUGGUCCUUCACGAUGACCCCAAGUAUGCCAUCAGGAAGGUGGAAGACAUCAACAAGAUUAUGGGACAAGAACUGGGCUUUCCUGAAGCAUCUCUUAUAUUCAAGUAUGGAUACAAGGUGUUCUUAUAUAUAUCUGAUGACAAAACAGUGGAAGGUUGCUGUGUCGCAGAACAUGUCAGCCAGGGUUACCCUGUGAUUGGUGACAGUCAGCCAAGUCAGGGGUCUCAACCUGGACAUCGCCCUUGGUGCUGUCAGUCUGAGCCUCAGCCAGCCUCAGUCGGCGUCAGUCGUAUCUGGGUCCACUGUCAGCAUCGACAGAAGGGCAUUGCCUCCAAACUGCUGGACUGUGUCAGGCAAUGGUUCGAGUAUGGUGUUUUCAUCGAAAAGAAGCAAAUUGCAUUCUCUGAUCCAACACCAGAUGGCAAACAGUUAGCAACCAGGUACACUGGCACACCUAACUUCCUUGUGUACAAGUAUGGGUAGUCCUGAAGUCAGCGGUCAAGGUCCAGUGGACGCUGGUCAGUACCUAGUCAGUUUGCGGAUAUCAACAUUGAGGUCAAGAAAGGAACGGAAUUAUUAUUUCAUGAGGUGUUAAAUCAUUAGUUAUGGACUGUGAUGAUUCUUCCAACUCUUUAGUCAGGGAAGGUAUCCCCAUCUAAUUCAUGAUUUUUGAUCUAUCGCAAUUUGGCCUUGACUGAUUGAUCAAUCAGAGAACACACUAUUUUUACCUUGAUUAACCAGACUAACAAAGACACCAGCGUGGCUGUGCCUGACCAAUCAUGAAAGACAUCCUGUUUGGCUGUGAUCGACAAGCUAGGGAAGACAUCCCAUUUUGAUUGUGAUGGACCAUUUUGAUGAGGAACCCUUGUCUGCCGUGAUCAACUAUUUAGAGAAGACAUUCUAUUUUAGAUUAAGAUUGACCACUUUAAAACAUUGGCCACACAUUGGACUUGUGUCAAGUAAAUUUUCAUUGCAUUUGAAUGGACCAGGUGUACCAACGUAUAAUGUGAGGGUUUUCCUCUAUUGAUUACAAAUGAUAUCCAUGGGAGUAUUAAAGUUGAUUGUGAUCUACAGGAGUCAACUCAUCAAUUUUACUUGAAUUACAAUCAUCACUACUUUUCCCCCUCCAACAACGUGUAAUUGAUAAUGUUAAAUCUUAGCUUUUAAUGUUAUUUCCUAGAAAUUAUCCAAAAUAUAUACCAUGGACUUGUGUGAAUAAUAGCUGCAUGAUUGAACUUAUAGCAGUUAUAGGAGAAUUAUAAGCCCACCUUUAUAACAUGAUUUCUAUGUUAAUAGUGUGAACAGGUUAUACAUUUUGUGAAUAAACAUUUUAAAUAUGACAUUGUAACGUCAUAAAUGAUAACAAAAUGAUUAUAGCAUCACAUUGAAGACAAUAGAGUUAAAAUGGUGGAAUUUUACACUUCAGCAAUGACCACGAAAAACACGCUUUCCAAUUUUUGUUAAUUUGGAAUUUGGGUAGCAUUUCAUAUGACGUUUAUAAAAAUGCAUCUUUAAACUUUGAAGAGGUUUGUUAUGUGAUAUUUGUUUUUAUAAGUUAGAGAUGAGGUUUCCAAAUCUUGUAUGCAAUCAGAACUCGUUUAAGAUCUUAUAUAUAUGUAUGUAAAGAAUAUUGAAAGUAAUCAUGGUAAAUGAGUACUAAAACAGUGUGUUUCAUUGGUUACUAUUUAUAUAGUUAGUGAGAACUGAUAUUUCUAUGAUAUGCCCUGUGGUCUUUGAUAUGUAGAUAUGUAAGUGAUGGAUUUAACCUGUGAUUAUGUUCAGUGCCUAUAACAGAUAUAUAGAAACAGUUGUGGCAAACAAACUCCUGCAAUAUCAACUACAUUAUAUAAUUGAAAUUAUAUCCUAAUGUUGGAAAUCGAAAUGUGAUCAUAAUCUCUUACUUGAUGAUGAUGAUGACCUUUCAUGAACAAUUAUCGUUGUAAUCAAAUUACCGGUACCUAAAUUUUGGUAUUAAAAAUAUGUUUGAUAUAUAUGUCAUUGUAAUAUUGGUUUUUGUAUGAUCAAAGGUUCACUGAAUAGCAUAUUCACUUGAUAUUUUCUUCACUUAUUGUUUAAAUUUAGCUUACCAGAAAUCCAUUAAGAGCAAAUGAUUAAUCUGCCUCUAAAUCAUUGCCAAAGUAUCAUUUUACACUGAUAAUCAGCCAACAUCUAUAGAAAACUUCACCUGACGAAUCAAUUAUAUAACUUCACAAUCGAUUAAUUGGAAUCAGUUUUGUAAUCAAUCUAUUUUUCUUUAUAAUUGAUCAUUGGAACAAUACUAGUACCAGAUAUUGCCAAUAGCCUGACAGAAAUUUCAUAAAUAGGACUUUCUUUUAUCUUUCAGGUAUUAACUUUUGCUUUUGCAUCAUAUUACACAAAAUAAUGUUAGUUGUAAUUAAUGUUUCAUUUCAGUCUUUAUUUAGUUUCUGCAAAGUCCUUCUAUAUAAACACUGUAUUUUACUUGUCAUAACGUCAUGUUUGCUGAUAAGCCCACCCCCUUGUUAAACAGAUUUUAUAGACCAUGCCUGUAUUGGAGGACCCCAAUACCAGGUUGACCCAUUUCUGUGGAGUAGUUCCCUUCCCAAGCUUAUUACAAGUAAAAUACUUUGCGUACCUUGUGUAUUAUUUGUAAUUGAUCGAAGGGAAUUUUCAAAGACUUCAUAUUCCAAUGACUUCCGUGACAUUUUCUUUAGUGUCUUUAUGUUUUCUUGAGUUGAUGUCAGAGUUUGUUUUGAUUCAAAUAUUAAAUACAUAAAACAUAAUUAUAUAACACAAUGUUUUUGUGAGUUUCUGUUAUUCUGCCUGUAAAUAUAGUGCUGGUUUACAUGGCAGUAAACUGUUGCACUGGAGAUGUGUGAUAUUGCAAUACGGCACUGGCCUUCCAUUAUCCUACUGCAUUUGUUUGUCUGAUAAGCUUGUGUUACAUGUACAUUGAUCAUGUGUAUCGAUUAGUGACAUUUCAGAAGAAGAAAUAGAUUACUGUGUCAUAUUAUCCAAUGAAUCCUGGCCAUAACCUACUUUGACCAUGUGUAACACUGACUCAAAUGUGAUGGAGAAUAUGUUUUACAUUGUUGAAAGAAAUUACAUUUUUUAAAUUGUAGGAAAUAAAACUUACAAUGUUAAGAUAUUAAUGUCACCAAGUGAUUUUGGAAUGUAAAUUUAAUACUGAUUGUUUUCUAGUUGAAGAUUGGUCAAAUAAUUUGAGACAUUUUCUUUUAGUGUGAUUUUUAGAGACUAUCAUUGUUGAAUUCUUCUUCUUAUUUUUAUUUUUUUAAAUCAAAAAUAUCCAGCAAUAAAU